UUGAAUAUGUGCGUGAGCACGUUAGCAUGCCUUCACGUGCUGUGGGCACAUCGCGCCUGCGCCAAGAGUAACAAGAUGGCGGAGAGUGGGGAACUGAAGCAAAUGGUGAUGAGCCUGCGAGUUUCAGAGUUACAGGUACUACUUGGCUACGCGGGACGCAACAAACACGGACGCAAGCACGAGCUGCUCACCAAGGCGCUGCACCUCCUGAAGCCCGGCUGCAGCCCCGCGGUGCAGGUGAAGAUCAAGGAGCUGUACCGCCGCCGCUUCCCCUCCAAGCUGGUGUCGCCCGUGGACCUGGCGCUGCCCAGCGUGCACCUGGCCCCCGGCUCCACCGUCGCGCCAAGCCCUGCGGCCGCUCCCGGCUCCCUGCCUCCCGGCCUGGCACAGAUGGCCUUCGACGGGCACGGCGCCCCCUCGCCCCUGCUGCCCGUCUCCCUGCUGGGCCCCAAGCACGAGCUCAGCGGCCUACCGCACCUGCCCGCCGCCAUGCACCCUCUCCACCCCGACGUCAAGCUGCAAAGGCUGCCCUUCUACGACCUGCUGGACGACCUCAUCAAGCCCACCAGUCUGGCCACAGACAGUAACCAGCGUUUUCAGGAGACGUGUUUCGCUUUCGCUCUGACUCCCCAACAGGUUCAACAGAUCAGCAGUUCCAUGGACAUCUCGGGGACCAAGUGUGAUUUCUCAGUUCAGGUUCAGCUAAGGUUUUGUCUGUCGGAGACGAGUUGCCCUCAGGAAGAUCACUUCCCUCCCAACCUCUGCGUCAAAGUCAACGGCAAGCCAUGCAACCUUCCGGGCUACCUUCCCCCCACCAAAAACGGCGUGGAACCAAAGCGGCCGAGCCGGGCCAUCAACAUCACCUCACUGGUGCGCCUCUCCACCACGGUCCCCAACACCAUCAUCGUCUCGUGGACGUCGGAGAUCGGACGGGUAAAUAGUUACUCCAUGGCUGUGUACCUGGUGCGCCAGCAGUCCUCCUCAGUGCUGCUCCAGAGACUGCGUUCAAAAGGCAUCAGAAACCCAGACCACUCCAGAGCCCUCAUCAAGGAGAAGCUGACUGCUGACCCAGACAGUGAGAUCGCCACCACCAGUCUGCGAGUGUCACUACUGUGUCCGCUGGGGAAGAUGCGGCUGGCGAUCCCGUGCCGGGCGCUGACCUGUUCGCACUUGCAGUGUUUCGAUGCCACCCUCUACCUCCAGAUGAACGAGAAGAAGCCCACAUGGGUGUGUCCCGUGUGCGACAAGAAGGCCCCCUACGAGCACCUCAUUAUCGAUGGGCUAUUUAUGGAGAUCCUGAGCAGUUGUGCGGACUGCGAUGAGAUCCAGUUUAAGGAGGAUGGGAACUGGCAUCCCAUGAGAUCCAAGAGGAUUGUGCAAGAGGUGUCCGCCACGUCCAACGGACUGGAGGACUCGUGCCGGUCAGUGUCAUCGGACCAUCGGAACAGCUCGUCGCGCGGCGGCGAUAGCCAAAGGGUGGAGAUCAUUGACCUCACACUGGACAGUUCCUCAGACGAAGACACGGAGGAGGAGCCCCCGCCCAAGAGGACGUGUCCGUCCCUGUCCCCCACAUAUCAACCCACCAGCAAAGGUGUGUUGAACCUGCACCAUCAGUCGUCUCCGGUGGCGCGAGCUCCCAGCAUGCCCUCCAUGGAAACCAGCUACAUCCCCCCGCCCCCACCUCUCAUCCAGGACUACCGCCACUUCUACCCCGCGCACAGCGAGCUGGAUUUGAAUUUCUUUCACUCCUUCUUACAGAGCGACAAUCAGCAUUAUAACAUGGUGAUGGCGGCGGCUGCAGCAGCCUCGGCCUCGGCGACCUCUCCAGAGGAGCACGAGCUCCUGAUGAACCGCUUCCUGCCCUACACCUCCUCCCAGCUGUUCCUGGACCAAUCCGGCGCAGUGGCCACGGCCGGAGGGGCGGGCCUGGGCUCGGCGAUGACCAAUGGGAACAGCGGCGGCGGCAGCAGCAGCAGUGGCAGCAGCAGCGGCCUGGUGUCGCCCGGCGGCCUGAGGGAGAGCAGCAGCCACGCCCACAGCUCGUCGCUAUCGUCGCUCUCGGCAACCGCCAGGAAUGACGCGGCAGCGGCGGUCAUGUACGGCGCCCUCCCUGAUGUCAUCUCACUGGACUGAACCCCACCACCACCAUACGCUGACCUCCCUCUACACAGAGACUAGCCUGCAGUGGACAGAGGAGAGCACUGAGAGAGAAAGGACGAGUGUGUGUGUGUGCGUGCGUGUGCGUGCGUGUGGUUGCGCGUGUGUGUGUGUGUGUGUGUAGUGAACCUGGACAAGGAAGUCUUUUUUUUUUUUUUUUCAACAGAGGACUGAAAGGUCAGGAAGUUGAAAGAGAAAAGGAGACUGAAGAGAAUCUAGACGCCCUUUUGUAUACAAGACAAAGAGGAGGAGGAAGAGGAGGAGAGGCGAAGAGGAAAAAACUAAUACUGUGUACAGAGAAGAGAAAUAUAUUUUCAGUUUUACUUUUGUACAUAUAUAUAAAUAUAUAUAUAAAUAUAUAUUAAGAAAAAAAAACACAGAAAAUGUAAGACACGACUGUCCUGAGGGUGACUUUAUUUGGACUUUUCCCUCGUGGACGGUGGAGAUGUGUGUUUUUUUCUUCACAGAUCUGUGUUUGUCCCUUUAUUAUAGAAUGAUCCCUUUUAUACUCUUUUGUUUUGGUAUAUGACUCCACUUCAGAAUCACUUCUCAAUCAUGCAUUCACCAUCGUUUUUAUUCCUGUGUCUCCGUUUGAAACCAUCAACAGACCCUGAAUCAGCUGAGGGUUUAGGAGCGGGAAGGACAGGGUCAGUAAACGUAUUUCAACUUUUCUUUUCUGUGCCGAUUAUUUAUGACGCUUUUAAGACGUGUAGAGAUGUAUGCAGUGCGAGAGCAUUCCUCACUGGUUGCCAUGGCAGGGUCUAGCCUUUAGAGACGCACCGACUACUGUGCUUAUUGCUUCCCCUUUCUCUCGUGCCCCUCACUCCAAAGGAUCUCGUCUCUCAAUCUGUCCUGAAGGGGGGAAAAAACAGGACUUGUUUUUAAAAUGUUGUUUGAUUUGACCGAAAGAUUUAAGCUCAUGUGGAUGCUCAAUGCCAUGAAUUAUUAACGAAUUAAUUAAUGUUAAGAUUCCCUCCAAACCAUCAGUAUAGUUCACCCGACCUGAAGGUGUGUAGAAAAACAAAAUUGUGAUGUUUCUCUUGAACAAACAUCAGUAUUUCUCACGUGAGGUUGGAGAAUGGUUGCCAGGCUACAUGCUGGAGGACAUUCUGCUGUGGUUAAAAAAAAAAAAAAGGAAAAAAAAGAAUAUGUUUGAAUAUGAGUGCUUGGGGUUCCUCCUAUAGGGAGACGGCCAUGGAAGGAGUCUAAUUCUAGAUCUCCGGUUCUUCCUAUAGGGAGACGGCCAUGGAAGGAGGCUGAUUCUAGAUCUCCGGUUCCUCCUAUAGGGAGACGGCCAUCGAACGAGGCUGAUUCUAGAUCUCCGGUUCUUCCUAUAGGGAGACGGCCAUGGAAGGAGGCUGAUUCUAGAUCUCCGGUUCCUCCUAUAGGGAAGCGGGCCAUGGAAGGAGGCUGAUUCUAGAUCUCCGGUUCCUCCUAUAGGGAAGCGGGCCAUGGAAGGAGGGUAAUUCAAGAUCUCCGGUUCCUCCUAUAAGGUCACCUCCAGGCUUCCCCUCCAAUUAUUAGCUUGAUAUUCCGCAGGAGCAGCUGGUUUAGCUGUCCCUGCCUUCUCCUGAUCAGAAGUCUUCUGGAUGAUGAGGUCCGUCAGAGGGACACCUCGCCAGGAGACUAAAUGCCCUUGACUUUUCCAUCUCUGUGGGAUUUAUUCAAAGAUUGAAUGUGUUUUAAAUCCCCCUCACUAUCAAAGCAAAGUUUAACGCACGCUGAAUAAUUCCAGAAUUUACAGCAGCUGCAUCUCUGCAUCUCAAAGCGACUCAAAAUCCAUGGCUCAUUCUGGCUCACGUUUGUGUGUCCUGUCAAUUUCCAAGUUCAAAGGUCAUUGGAUUGCUUAUAUUUCUAGAGAGGGGGGGGAAGUGUGUAUUGUUAUUUCUUCAUAUCUUACACAGAGGAACUUCCUCAAAACCCUAGUUUAUUUGAUCACUUGGCGCUAUGAGCUAUCAGAUGCUAAUUAGGCCUGUGGGGGAGGGGGAGGGGGGGUUACUGUAUACAGACUCGUCCUAGUGUGCUUUUUCAAAUGAAGUUACAGCUUCAGUAGAUUGGCUGGUUCUUUCUUUCUUCUUUUUCUUCUUCUUAUUAUAAUUAUAAUAUUCUUUUUCUUGUGUACAAAAUUUAAUUUAUUUUAUCUACAUAUUUUUACAUUUUGUUUGAUAAGUAUGUGUUGUUGUUGUUAUCGUACAUGUCAUUUCUUUCGUAAUUAUAUAAUUAUUUAAAGAGCUCUAUUGCUUUGUAUUAAAACUUUUUUUUUUUUUGGUCUCACUUGGUCUUGGUCUGUCAGGGGUUUAGACGUCCUUCCAUUUCCGCUGUCUGCCAUGUUGUUUCCGUUUUGAUUCUGUGUUGAAAAUUAAAACACAUAAAAGAAAGAAGAAAAAAAA